CAGAGCCUGGGUGACGGAGAGCUCCAACUCAACUGGUCAGCCAAAGCUUGAGUCCAUUUAAUAUUUCUAGCAAAGAUCUUCUACAGGGACUGACUACUUCUGAACGACAAAGGCAAUCAAAGACACCUGAGAUUGUGUAGAGUAUCUAGAGCAUUUGUAUAGGAAAAAAAUGGCAAAAGCAAACAUUAGCAUAGUGGCUCUGGGGGUCACACUGCUCCUGUUAGCAGAAACAUGGGCUCUGAGCCCCAAGAAGAGAGCAACUCCAAAGCCUGCUAAGGCUCAGUGCUGCGAUGAGGUGCGCUCUCUCAAGGUUCAGGUGGCCAAUCUGACCAGUCUCCUCGAGGAGCUGAGUCGCAAGCAGGAGGCAGACAUGAUGAAUGUUAGGAGGCAAAUACUGGAGCUUGACAAGCAGAACCGGCUGCAAGAAGCACGGGUCACGGAGGCAGAGAGCAAGUACUCAGAGAUCAACAACCGUGUGGAGAUCAUGCAGCUACAAACCGUGCAGUCUGCUCCUCAGACCUCAUCAGAUGCCAUAUAUGACUGUGCAUCACUCUACAGCAAGAACUACAAGAUCUCUGGCGAGUACAAACUGCCUAAAGAUGAGUUUCUGGGUACACCUGAGCUGAGCGUCUUCUGUGAUAUGGAGACAAAUGGAGGUGGUUGGACUCUGAUCCAAAGGCGCAAGGUCGGCCUGACAUCAUUCAAUCGUGACUGGAAGCAGUACAAAAGUGGAUUUGGAUCCAUCCGUGGAGACUUCUGGCUGGGCAAUGACCACAUCUUCCGUCUAACAAGGCAGCCCACUGUGCUCAGGAUUGAGAUGGAGGACUGGGUAGGAGAGAAACGCUAUGCUGAGUAUGGCUUUUUCACAGUGGGUAAUGAGCUCAACAGCUACAAGCUCUUCCUUGCCAACUACAGUGGGAAUGCUGGAGAUUCCCUGCGCUACCACAACAACACCAACUUCAGCACCAUGAACAAGGACAAUGAUAAAUGUGUGGAUGACUGUGCAUCCCUGCGCAAAGGUGGUUACUGGUACAACUGCUGCACUGACUCAAACCUGAAUGGUGUUUUCUACCGUUAUGGUGAGCACACAAGGAACACAGAUGGGAUCACUUGGUAUGGCUGGCAUGGGCCCAACUACUCCCUCAAGAAAGUGGAGAUGAAGGUCCGGCCAGUGGGCUUUCAACCAUGAGUGCUGCAACUGUGUGUCCUGGAUCUUGAUCAUGAGCAUGAAUGCUGAGAGAUUUCACUAAUACCUGUUCAACCAAAUUGUAGCCUUCCCUUGACUGAGAAAGGAAUGAUAAAGUUGUUUGUGAUAGCCUGGUUAAGUUUCAGUCAGAUGAAUGUGUAAUGUUUCUGCCGUGUUUGAUUGUAAAUUGUAGUUCUUUUUGUGUAUUUAUCAGUAAAAAUAUUUUAUUUUUUAAAAGCUUUGAUAGAUGCUUUUUACCACUGUCCCGUAUGGGUAACUAGAUUUUGAUUUCUUCUAUUACUUGUCUUGAAAGCACUAGGAUGUAUUUUUUAGUUAACACAAGCUGUUAUAUAUAUGUAUGUAUGGAAAGUCACAAUAAUCAGUCCAGACUGGUCUGGUUCAGGCUGAAAUCAUUAAGAACUGAUAGGAACUUUUUAAAGUAAAAGGAUCUUUGUGAGUUGCUGGAAUGGGACCAAACAGCAAAGGUAUUUCCUUUGAAUUACGCUGCAUUUCAUUGUAAAACCCUAACCAUUGAUGAUGGAAAUGUGUAAUUUGUAAAAUGUGUACAGCUCUGUAAUUAUGUUGUUUUAUGUGAUAGAAAAUAAACAUAUUUUUUAA